GAGGAAUUGUAAUCAGUUGCCGAGUGUAUAUAUACCAUCAUCUUGAUUCAUUUCUUUUUCCGAAUCACUUUACUUGCGAAACAAAACUUCUAAUCCCUGCAUCACAUCACAUCUUCUCCAAUUCCACUAUACGAUCUCCCGAAACAAAACUGCAAAAUGGCCGACCCCAUCUCGCAAUACGGCUUCACCGCCAUCCCGCGCUCGCUGUCUAAGAUCCUCGCAUCCACGGCCUCAAACCCACCGGCCAAGGUCGACGCAGCGGACAUCACGCCGCCGUCGUCUGAGCUCGCGAAGAAGGUGUACGCAUACGCGAAGGAGCACUUAUCGUCGCAGACAUUCAACCACUCAAUGCGGGUGUUUUACUACGGCUCAACCAUCGCUACCCACCACCUGCCCCGACUCUUGCCCUCGCUCGAAACAUACUACCUCACCGCCCUUCUCCACGACAUCGGCACCACGUCCCACAACCUCCACUCCACCCUCCUGUCGUUCGAGUUCCAGGGCGGCCUGCUCGCGCUUAACUUGCUCGAAUCCCUCGGCGCGCCGAAGGCGCAGGCUGAGAGCGUUGCGGAGGCUAUAAUCCGCCACCAGGACCUCGGCGAGAGUGGUAUGAUCACCAGUGUGGGGGGGCUGAUCCAGUUGGCGACUGUGUUUGCAGACAAUAUGGGUAUAAACCCGCAGCUGAUCGACACGGCGACGAUCGAGUCGGUGACGGCGUUGUUUCCGAGGAAUAAGUGGUCGAGUUGCUUUGCGGCGACGAUUCGGGAGGAGGUGGGGUUGAAGCCGUGGAGUCAUACGACGGCGAUAGAGGGGUUUGCAGAGGGGGUCGAGGGGAACCAGUUGAUGGAGGCUUAUGAGUGAAACAGGGGUAUUCGAGGUGUCUCGGAGGAAAGGUAGGUACUGUCAGUGUGUGGUGUUGUUACGAGGCCUAGUAAGGCUGUGUUGAGUAAUAUCUACUUUCGGCCCAGGCGAGGCAGUUUGACAGGGAGAGCCAAGGCGUUCACGAUUAGGAAAAGCACAAUUGAUGAUAUGAAUGUUACCCUCAGGC